GAAGAGUAUAAACACCUGCCUGUGACCCCUGGAUGUAAACCAGGACCCCAGGGACCCCAGGGACCGGAGGGUCCCAGUGGAAUGGCAGGAAUUAGUGGACCAAAGGGAGACAAGGGAGAGAUCGGACGACCAGGGUCAAAGGGUCGUACUGGUCCACCUGGGUUACCAGGUAGACAGGGACCAGCUGGAUGGCCCGGUCCAGAGGGACCCAAAGGAGAAAAAGGAGCCGCAGGGAUGAUGGGCCUGCCGGGGCUGAGAGGUCCACCAGGAACCAAGGGUCUUCCUGGUUAUAAAGGAGAGAAGGGUUCUCGUGGUAAUUCAGGCAUAUUAGGACCAAAGGGGAACAAGGGCUCCAUUGGUCUCUCUGGGAUGUUGGGACAGAAGGGUGAGAUGGGAUCGAAGGGAGACCCAGGAAUUUCGGGGAAGAGAGGACCCACUGGCCGACCUGGGAAGAGAGGAAAACAGGGUAUGAAGGGUCAGGGUGGAACCCCAGGUCCAAUGGGUCCUACAGGUCCUGCUGGUCCCUCUGGUCGUCCUGGUCCCCCUGGACUACCUGCCGCAGGCCUGUACCUGGUAGGGGAGAAGGGAGAUACGGGUGUAGCAGGACCUCCAGGUCACUGUGACUGUCACACCCCUCUGGGAGUCACCAGCCCCCACUACGGCAGUCACACACAACGGGGCAACUACCACAAAGUCCCCGCGAUCUUUGUAGUGGACAGUGAGGAGGAGUUGGAUCGUCUCCACACAGUCAACGCCAUCGCCUUCAGGAAGGACCAGAGAUCCCUCUACUUCAAAGACAAAGAUGGCUGGCAGCCCAUACAGCCCUUCCAGGUGCUUCAGUCGACAGAGACAGAGAAGGUUCCGGAGCGGGUGGGUGUGUGUGGGGAUGGACUGGCGCAGAACGAAGAAGAGUGUGACGACGGAAACAACGUCAUCACUGAUGCCUGUCUCAAUUGUAGGUGGGCAUACUGUGGAGAUGGCUAUCGUCAUGAGGGCAUGGAGGAGUGUGAUGGAAAAGACUUUGCCUACCAGACCUGCACAUCAUAUCUCCCUGGGUCUUUUGGGCAUCUCCGGUGUACUGAGUCCUGUUCCAUCGAUUCUACUGGCUGCAAAUACUUCACCUGAGCCAAUGAGAAGAUGGCAGCAUUACAGUAUUACCAAUUGUGAUUGGUCCACCUUCAGCGUGCCUCUCUAUUUGUGGUCUAUACUUCAGCUCUGUUCUGGAGUGUUUCCGGGAAGAAGGACACGCGUAAAGAGAACUUAUACCGGACUGAACGUCCGCAGCACUUUUCAGACUGUGUGUACAAAAAUUCCUCUAAGCUACCAUUGAGGGACAGCUAUGGCCACAGGAGACCCCUCUAUUCUGUCUGUCUGGGUUUGGCCGCAUGACUGGACUGUUCUAGUGGCUUUACGACGGCAUCUCUGGCUGUAACACUGUUAAAGAAUAUUAGAAGACACUGGUGCUAAUUGCGCAAUAUGUGUCAGCUAUACAGUUAGCUAUACAGUAUGAUUGUAAUGUAUAUAAGCUAAAAAUAUUGCAGUAAAGUUAAGCUUGAUGUUU